UUCUUAGUUUUCAUUAGUCAUUACUUGUAAUUCGUAAUCUGCAUUUAAAAUUGUUCAGUUAAUAAUUUUCGAACACAAUUUAUCCGAUCAUAAAUGGAAUAUUUCAUGAAUCAGUCUAUAAAAGAGGAAAUAGUCGACUCAGAUAAUCAUGUGCCUGACAUUCAAAUGAGUGCACCGUUCAAUAACCUAAUGCAAGUUUUACCAACGAGUCAAAUAACACCAAGUAUCCAUGGGCAACAAAUAUUUAUUCAUUCUGAUGCUCAAAAUUCAAACCAAUUGUUCCAAUGUAAUUCACAGAACAAUCAACAAUUGCAGCUAUUACAACUACCCAUAUCAGCACAACCACAAUUUAUUCAAUUAUCAAAUGGGCAAACAUUUAUUUAUCAACCUAUACAAGUUGGUAAUACACAAGUUAUUGCUCAGCCACAACCACAACCAAUGUUAAUUAAUAUAAAUGGAAAUAUAAUGCAGUUGAAUAGUACAGUAAAUAGUGAUUCUGCGACAGUAGUUGCUCAAUCGGCCACUACUACUACUGUAGAACAAGAAGUUCCUCAACAAAAUAGAUUAAUGGCACCUCCAAAAUCAGAAUCACCUGAAGAAGAACCCUUAUAUGUAAAUGCAAAACAGUAUCAUAGGAUAAUGAAAAGAAGGCAAGCUAGAGCCAAAUUAGAAGCUGAAGGGAAAAUACCAAAAAAUCGACAAAAAUAUUUGUAUGAAUCUCGUCAUAAACAUGCUAUGAAUCGAAUACGAGGAUAUGGUGGUCGUUUUCAUUCGGGAUCAUUGAAUAGAAUACAAAAUAUGUCAACCAUGGAGAUUGAACAAAAUGAACAGUAUAAAAGUCCAAUAAUCAAGCAUUGUUACUCUUUGGCUGUUAAUCAAACAUUUGAUGAAAUAUGAUACAGACGAUUACUGUUUGAUUUGUAGUAUAAGAAUUAUGAAAUUGUUCUUAUUAUCUUGUAAAUUAAAUUGAAAUUUGUUAAACAACGAUUUACUUAAAAUAGGUA